CUCAGCUGCUCAGCAGAAGCCAGCAGCCGCCGCCGCCGUCGCCGAAACACCAUAGCCUCUGCAAACCGCACCCUGCGAAAUGAAAUGAGAUGAGAUUUGAGGCAGUAAAGAAAACUAAUCAGGAAGUCGAGCUGAGCGAAUCUGGUCCAGCCGGGACAGGUCCAUCAGGCCAGGCAGCCGCGCGGCGGAGAAGCGACUCGCCGUCUCGAGUCCAGCCUCGGGAGUACGCCACGCGACGCCACGCCGCGCCUGCCCUCCUCACGGGACCACUCUUCGUCGAGCACCGCUCGGGCCCCGCAGCGCCACGCCGCGCCACGCCGCGCCACGCCCAGCGCGGAGAAAUUGGCGUCGCGCGCGCGCCCGCGCGUGUGUGUGUGUGUGUAUGUGUGUGUGUGUUGUGCGAGGAAGGGAGGAGAGAGGUUUGGAGGGGGUGGUGACCCAGCCUGCAACCCGUUGUACCACAUUCCGUGCCGCGAGAUGAGAAGAGCCUGAGGAGGAAAGGAGAGAGAGAGAGAGAGAAAGGGAUACAGGGAGAGGAGAGUUGGAGGCAAAGUAAGGCGAAGUAGUGAAGCGAAUGCCCCAAUGCCAUGGCCACGUCCCAGCUGCCCUGCCCGGCUCCGAGGACGGGCCCCUCCGGAGGCUUCCCCGGAGGCGUCCCCGGAGGCAGCGUCCCCGGGGGCCAGCACAAGUCGCAGCAGAGCCACGACUCCGGGACGUACUUAGACUGGGCGCCGGAGCAAGAGUCCCCGCCUCCGGGGGCCGACUUCGUGACGGUGGUCUCGGUGGAGGGGGGCGGGGUCGCGCCAGUCCCGCUUGAGAGGAUGUCCCCCUUCGUCACCGUGCUGUCCAUCGGCCCCGCGGCCCCGGGCGCCGCGCCCGCAGGCCCCGCGGCCAUGGCGCCGCAGACCGUGGUGCACGUGGAGGGGCGGUCGCGGCCGCUGCCCGAGGGCGCCGAGGAGGUCUCCGUGUACCGCCUGCCCGGCGACCGCCUCGGCUUCGGCCUCAAGUUCGAGGGGGGCGCGGGGGCCCUCGGCGGCCCCGGAGACCCCGUGCGCCGCCUGCUCAUCCAGUCCUGCGCCCCGGAGAGCCCCGCCUCCAGGGCGCUCUGCUCCUGGGGGCCGCUGGGCGAGGGCGACGAGAUCCUGGAGAUCGACCAGGUGCCCGUCAACACCAUGACCAAGGCGGAGUGCGUGCACGCCAUGAAGGAGAGCAAGGUGGUCAUGAGGCUGGUCGUGCGGGGCAGCGGCCGGCCCGUGGUGUGCGGCGAGCUCAAGAAGGCCAACACCGCCGACACGUCCAGCCCGCCUCCGCCCAUCCCGCCCAGGAAGGGCAGGACGUCGAGCGGUGGCUCGGCACCGCCGUCGCCGCCGGGUCCGGACAGCAUCGGGCCGCCCAACACCUUCGCGGACGCCGACGUCAGCCACUCGGGGAGUCUGUCCAACGCGGAUGUGGAGCACGAGAAGCAGUCUCUGUCCAGGACAUCCAGCGCCUCCAGCGCCGCGUCUAGCGCGAGCCGCCUGGCCAGCAAGCGCACGUCCCCGCUGACGCCGCGCGCCGGGAAGCGCAACAGCCUGAACCUGGCCAGCGGCCCGCUGCCGCCCGACGCCGAGGUGUACUUGGAUCUGCUGUCCCUGGAGCGCGGACAGGGCCACGGCCACGCGGACAGCGAGUCGGACGACACCAACAGCAGCCUGUCCACCGUGGUGGCGCUCCCGUCCACCAGCAACUCGAGCCUGUCCGCGUCCUCACCUACGACCCCCAUACCCCCUGCGCCACCGCGGCCUAUCGACCUGGCCAAGCUGCUGGGUCCCUUCGAACGCCUGGAGAGGGAGCUGGCGGCUGAGCCGGCGGGCCAGGACGAGGCUUCCGCGGUGACCCCGUCGGCCGCACCCGCGGCCCCGGAGCCGGCCUUCGUCUUCCCCGAGCUGCAGCCGCCGCCCAGCUUCCAGGACGCGCCGCUCAGCUACGGCAACGAGGAGGUGCGGCCCCGCGUCCUGGAGCAGCCCCUGGACCAGCCGCUUGACCAGGUUCUGGAGCAGGACCGGGAGGUCCACGACGACACGGAGUCGAGCGACGCCGCGGGCGACGCGGCCAGGAACAGCAAGAAGAAGCGCGCGCCGCCGCCCCCGCCGCCCCGGGGUCGCCCCCAGCCGCAGGCGCCGCCCCCGCAGCCGCCGCAGCCCGCGCCGCGCGGCGACCGCCUCCCGCGGCUGGUGCACUGCGUGCCCAAGGAGGGGCUCGCGGUCGCACCCAGCGGGCCCUCGCCCUCACCGGCAUCCCCACCGCCGGCGACGCGCACCUCGGUGCGGCCAGCCACGGACACAAUCCCGGAGCCGCUGGAGAGGCUGAUCGAGCGCCAGCACCUGCUCGACCUCAUCACCCCUAGCACCAAAGUGCCCGCCGCCGCCAGUGACGCCGACAGGGACGCGCAGACCAAAGUCGAGGUCGAGGACGCGCCCGUCGAGAUCAGCGAGGUUACGGAGGACGACGCGGAGGAGGGUGACGGCGUAGACGGCGAGGUGACACUGCGCCUCCCCGACCUCGUCAUGGACUCCCAGCAGCACGACGGUGACACCAAGUUCGGCGAGGAUGACGACGGUGACGCCCUGGAGGACGGCGAGGACUUCGCGUCCUACCGGAGGAGUCUGUCCUCGCCGCUCCCCACCAUCGGCGAGGACGAGGAGGAGGCGGAGCAGCGAGGCGAGGCGGCCAGGUCGGCGUCCCCCGACAGGGCAGCUGCAGAAGCUCCGGCGGAGGUGCCCGACGAGGAAACCGCGGUGUCCGAGGUCGCCGCUGCUGAAGCUGCACCUGCCGACCAAGGUAGCGGCUCCGCCAUCGCAGUUGACGACGACGUCGACAACGACGACGACGAUGCCGACGACGACCACGUUGACGGCCGCGUUGCUUCCUCGGAAGGCGAACCGCCCGAGGACGCGUCUACAGACAGCAGGACGGCCGAAGAAAUCCAGGAGGAGGAGGAAGAGAUGGCGGCCAUCGCCCAGGAGCUGCUCGACGGCCUGGAGGAGCGUCAGUUUGACGAUCAGGAUCACGACGAGGACAACGUUUGCGAGGGCGGCGAUUUCAACAACAACAAUCAACAGCAGCAUCAGCAACCACAGCUGGCGAAAGGUGGCGCCACCACUGGCCCUCCCCUGGGCCUGGGCCCCCUCCAGGGCCCGAGCCUCGGCCAGGGCCCCGCUCAGGGCCCCCACGGCCCCAUGCCUGUGCGCAGCGUCCCCGCCGGGCCCCGCGCCUCGCUGGGGUUGGCGGGGCCCCGGGCCGCAUCCGACCAACACGUGGAAGAGAGUGAUGUACUUCGGUGUCUUGAAGCUCUGGACGAUGGUGGACUUGGUGGUGGACUAAACUCUGGGCUGAGAGGCCCUUUAGGUGAGGGAGUAGAAAUGGUUGGAAGGGAAUCUAAUGAAACAGCUCCAAGUAAGCGUCCUGGGGAACCUGAGGCAUUAUUUCCUGUGUCACUCGAUUCUGCUUCAAUGCUGACAUUAAGGGACAGAGACACUCCAGGAGCAACAGUGACAUCUGCGGAGCGAGAUACCUUACGCUCCGCAGCUAAUUGUCAUAUAUCAGGCCUGCAAAAUCAAAUAAAUACAAAAAUUAGAAAGUCAUUAAUAAGAAAUAGUUGCUACUAA